UUUCAGGAAAAAUGGCAGAUAAAGAGGAAACGCCUAAUUCUUCUCCCCAGACAUCUCGAAUCACAGAUUAUUUUCCAGCAAGUCCGAAGCCUCAAACAGAAAAACUGAAAGAUAUUAAAAUAAAGACAGAAGACAAACAAGUUAACAAGGUUAUUAAUGGUCUGCUAACACCUGAAGCUUCUCCCUCGAAAAAUGACAUAUUGACAGUCGUUGUGAAAGAGGAAAAAAGUGAUUCGGACAGCCAAUCCAGUACUGACCUUCCUGCAAAACAGGUUUUACUAGAAAAUGGCGCAGCAGUGAAAUCAGAAAAAGGAAAGAAAAAUAAAAAAGUAUCUGAUUCGACCACAACCAAUGGCACAACACAAUCUACCUCUAGGAAAGGCAGAAAAAAGUCCUCUAAAAAAAAUGUUGAACAAGACCAACUUAACAACUCACUAGUCACUGACUACUUCCCUGUACGUAGAAGCAGCCGACGAUGUAAAUCUGAUAUAGAGAAAGAAGUAAUGACCGAUAUUGAAGACAAAAUCUUGAACAAGAAAGAAGAAGGAUUAAAGAUAGUGGAAAUGGAAAACAAAGGGCGUGGCAUUGUGUCCACAAAAGCUUUUAAGCGUGGAGACUUUGUGGUGGAAUAUGCUGGUGAUUUGAUAGCACUUUCUGAUGCCAAGGAAAAGGAAAGAAUCUAUUCUGAAAACCCAGAGACUGGGUGCUACAUGUAUUAUUUUCAUCACAAAAAUAACAGCUAUUGUAUUGAUGCUACAGCGGAGAGUGGACGGCUGGGACGACUUAUCAAUCACAGUAGAACUGCAGCAAAUUGUCGCACAAAGCUUGUGGAGGUAAACAACAAGCCCUACCUCACCCUGGUUGCCGCCAGGGACAUCCACCUGGGAGAGGAACUUCUGUAUGAUUAUGGAGACCGCAGUAAAUCUUCUGUAGAAUCUCAUCCCUGGUUAAAACAUUGAUAAGUGUAUCAGCAUUACACAAAGAAGAGUGAUAUUUGCAUUUAUUGUUAGAUGGAAAUAAUUUGUAAAAGUGAGACUGUGUUUUUAAGUAAGAAUGAAACUUGGUUGUGUGAGAUUAUAUGAAUGAAAUCAACAGUGGACAAUGGAUUUUUUCCAGCUAUUGAUUAAUUUUCAAAUUUUUUUUUUAAUAGAAAUUUAAUGCAGAAGUAUCUAUUAAUUAACCUCCAUACAAGUUAAACACAUUAACAUUAUUCUUUUGACAGUUGCUUGUUGUCAUAGAAAAAAGGGAAUAAAUUUUUUUUUUUACAUUUGAUAGAGCACACAGAUUCCCUUUUUCGGUGUUCCAGAUUGUGAUUUGCUGAACAUUAGUCAGUCAAUAGUUUGUUAGAAAGGUUUAAGAGUUGGGUUUUGGAUGAAAGUCUUAAAUACUGUAAUUGUGUAUAAAAUUUUGGCUUUAAAGAAAGAUACUAUGAAUUAUUGCUUCCAAAUGAGUUUUUAAUGCAUAGUACAAAUGUAUUUAUAUGAAUGUAUGAUGUAAAUGUAAUGGAUGAGUGUUGGAGAUGUUUACAUGGCAACAAUGAUGAAAUUGUUUGCUCAAUGCUGUCUCAUCUACAAUAUUUGAUUAAAUGACAGGGCUAUGUAUUUUUUAUUUGUCUCGUCUGAAUCUUGAAAUGGUUUUAACCUCAUCAAAUAUAAGCAACAGAAAAAAUGAAAAUAGUGAAAAAAAAUCCAAGAAGUCUGGACGAUAACAAGAUAGUGAUAGUUUAUAUAAAAAACAGAAAGUUUUAUAAUGCUAAUAAGGAAGAGCACCAACACCAUUUUAUAACAUAUUUUAGAAUUUUAAAGUUUUACAAUACAGUGUACUCCAAAUAUACAUAAUUUGAUGUAUUAAGUUUCAACUCAUUAUCACUUUUUUGGCAAAUUGAGUGAUAAUUUCAUCUAUCCUUACGGUCAUUGCUGUAUAAAUAGUAAAAAGAACCUGCAAUUCAUUCAUGAUCCUUUCAUAUAGGAUCUGAAAUGAGAAAACCAUUUUUCCAGGAAAAUUUCAACAAAUAGGAACACUUGGUACCCUUCUUCUUAAAAGAAAUAUAACUUUAAAAAUUUAAGGAAUUCAAUAUUGUAAAAGAUCUUGUGUAGUAUUUUGCAUUUAAUUAUAUGAUCUGGUUGCAUUGAUGGAUUUAAGAACUCCUUAUUAUAUGAUUUGUUACACACCAGAGCAAUUCUAUAUUAAGCACAUUCAUGUUAUUAUAAAAACAUAAAAUGGUGGUUAAUGGUGGAAAUUUGAUAUUUUACUGCAGACAGAUCUUGUAUGAAUCAUAUUUAAGUGUUACUGGUCUAUCAAUAUAUAUGUGGUAUCUUCAGUAAUUUCCUUGUCUGUGUAUUAAGUUGAAGGAUAAAAGGCCAGUUGUAAUACUUCAAUUAUUUUUGAGUUGUGAUAUCUUCAGUUUGCAGCUAUUAAAAUGUAUAAAUACAUGUGUAUCUUUAAGAUGAUCAUUAAAAAGUUGA